GGAGAGUACAACUUGUAAAGAUAAGGGUGACUUAUUGGGAAAUUACUUAUUGAUUUACUUUAAAAAAUGGUUUUGAUAUAUUGAAAUAUGACAUAAAUACAUUGGCAUAUAUCAAAAUCUUGCAUCGAUGGUUAAACAGUUUCAAUGGUUUGUAGAGCCCCUGAGCAACUUCUGUGAAGAGUUCUCAGCUAUAGCCAUUUAUUUGCUAAGGAAGCACAAUUUCUACAACACAAUUUCUAUUUGUAGAUCAGUCGCUUAGCCAAUGACUAUAGGAGCCAAAUGUUUGAAAUUGUAUACAUUCUUUCCAAAGUAUUAAAAUAAAACUGAGCUUCAAGCGUCGAAUUAUUUUGUCUCCAGAUAGUGCCAAAAAUACACUUUCUAUAAAAGGCAGAUUACCGAGUGCAAAAGAGAAGCUGGAGCAUAGAGUAAGCAGCAGCAUUCUAAAGAGAAGCUCACCCAGGACACUUCUUUCAAAAAGGAGCUGGUUCAAAUUAAAGGGCUAAUGGAGGACGGAAUAAUAAGACACUGGAUUGACACUCCUGUUCGGUACCAGCACAAACUAGCCGGACAAGAUCUCACAGAAUGCAAACUGGAUCAUUUGAUAUUUGCCCUCCCUGGUCCAACAGAAAUAACUGAGGAAAGGGACAAACUUUCAGUCAAAGAAUCAGAAAAAUCAGUGGAAGACACUGAGGUUGAAAAGUUGUUUCGAAUCAUGUUGGAUGUAGUACAGUUCCGUCCUGAAGAUAUCAUCAUUCAAGUGUUUGAAGGAUGGCUUAUCAUCAGGGCCCAGCAUGGUCGAAGAAUGGAUGAGCAUGGUUUUAUUUCAAGGAGUUUUACAAGACAGUACAAACUUCCAGACGGUGUGCUAUCAAAAGAUCUUUCUGCAUUGUUGUGUCAUGAUGGCAUUCUGGUGGUGAAGGCAAAGACAUAGCUGCAACACUUACUAUGAAUGAAUAUUGUUUGAAGUAGCUUAUGCUGAAUUAUUACAUUUUUUACAAAAAGUAGGAAAUGUACUAAGUAUAAUAAUGCAUCAAACAAGUAUUAUUAAAAAUUAUGGAUCUGUUGAAAUUUAAAGGAGACAGCUUCACAGUAAUGAAAACUUUGAAAGUGAUUCCUUAGUUUACCCAUAGUGUGUGGUGUUUGUUUACUGUAGGCAUUAUCCCAGAAGAUUAUAGAUGAACAAAUCACAUUAAACUGCAUUUGUUGUUAUUUCAUAGGAUUUCUACUUUUUUGUAUUGCUCUAAGGAAUAAUUUAAAUGGGACGGUUGCUCUGUUUUCUAAAAACAAGAUUGAAAUGGACUCCUUGGCAAUGAUUUCACUAACUGAUAACAAUGAAAUAGACACAGCAGAUUGCCUUAGCAGAACACUGUAUUACAUCUCUUCUAUAAUUAGCAGAAAAACAUGGAAAACUUUGUGUGCUAUGUUAAGUGCAGAAUCUAACACUGUAGACUGAGUUGGAAUAUGAAUUCUGAUCUUAACUCAAUGCAAAUGGUUGAGUUUUGAAUGAGUUACAGUCAGACCCCAAUGUUUCUAAUAUACAAGCUUAUAUUCAAAAUGCUGUGCUUUAACACAUUCAACUCCAAUAGUCACAGCUACCAAACCAUUAACCAAAGCAAGCCAUGCUCAAAUUGAUGACUGCCUUAUUUUUUUGGCUUAAUUUCAGCAUUUGUUAUUUUUUUGAAGCAAGUAGCAUCUAAGUAAACAUGGUUUAAAGGAGACAAAAAGUCAAAACUUUUUGACUUGCAUCCAGUCAGGCCAGGAUGCAAGAAAUUGUCUUGAGAAAUUGAACACCAAUUUACGCAGCAUGAGUAGGAAAGGCAAGCUAAUUGAUUUGACCAUCAUUGGCAUGGAAGUGCAACAAGAACAGUUAAUUGUCAAUCUUAGUUCUUAGACGAGGCAGGUAAACUUUGGUCAGGACACUACCAUUGAAAUGUAAUAGAGAUUGGUAUUUUCCAUUACGCUUGUUGCACAUUUUUAAUUGGAACAAAAUGGUAUUAAUUCUUUUGCGUACAGAAAGCAUAAUUCAGUUUUUUAAUGUGUGUAUCUUUUAUCAUUACAACUGUAUCAUUCUUCAACACUAACUCAUAAUCUUAAAUUGGUUUCUGCUGUGGUUCUUAGCACCAUCUGAAUAUUUAAUAAAAGUUGUCCAAUAAUAGAAUUACGUCUCAUGGUAGACUUAGUGAACUGAGGUUUGUAAAUACAGUUUGUUUAAGGUAUGGUCAGCAUGCUGCCUGCUGCAAAUGGCCAAUGGGACGUGUUGUUUGGUAUGGUCUUCCUGCUAUUCAGCCUACAUAUCACACCAGCACUAAAACGUAUAUAUCACAUUUUCACUUGUGUGGUGGGCAAACAUCUUUUUAAUAAACUGUAUCCUGCACUCUCAUAUAUCAUUGAACUGGGGUGAUAAAAUGAGCUCACGUUCCUCAAUGUAUUAGUUGAAAAUUUCCCAAUGUCUUCUCCAUUACUGUCCACCAAAAGCCUAUCUUCACUGGUCAAUAAACAUAAUGGGAUUUCUACAGUUCGAUGCACUGUAAAAUUAAUCUUACUGGCAACUUCAUGA